AUAUGUGAUCUUACUUCAGAAAAUGAAAGUGUUCAAAAUUCAUUAGAUUUUUCUGAAUCUAAUGAUGAUAGUGAAGAGGACACAUACUAUACAAAAGGAGUAGAUAAUUCUGAAAAAGACUUUGAAUACGAAUUUCAUUAUGGUAUUUUUAUAAAAUUAGAUGGAAAAUUUUUACCAACUAAAUGGUAUAUCCGAAGCAAAAAGGCUGCAGGGGCUGGAACUCAGUUAGUAGAUGAUCAAGAUUUUCAAAAAUUUCGGUCUGAAUAUCAUAAACUUUCUGCACGAAAG